AUGUCGACUUUCUUCUACGGACAGCACCACCAGCACCACCAAGCCCCUCACCAUGGCGCCACCGCCCAUCUUCACUCAAAUAACCACCAUGGUGGCCGUUCCCGAAGGGGUCCCAAGAUGGCUGCUCAAAAUGCGCAACGCCAGUUCCGUGGUGUGAAGAGUAUGAGGGAGCUGGCUGAAGCCCCUUCUGUGACUGCUUUCCGUGCUCGAUUUGAGGCUGGACGGUCAUUUGACCUGGACGACGACCUGGAGUUCUGUCCAGGGCUCCUGACUGAGGACGAUCUUCACUCAAUCCACUCUGCUUCCUCGGAUCGUUCGUCUCUCUCCAGUGGUUCGCCCGACACCUCGCCAAUCCAGCAUCAGAUUCAGCCCGUCCAGCAGGUUACACCGUCGAUUUCCUUGUCUCCCGCUUCUUCCAAUACGUACCUCCACUCAGGGGUCGGUAAUUAUAAUCAGGCGGGUUUCCAGCAACCAUCGGCUGCUCGCACCCGAAAAGUCAUCCCUAUCAUCAACCCCAACACUGGUAUGACCUUGACCAGCCCGCCUAAUUCCAUCUCGCCAGGCCAGAUGCAGAACGCUCAGCGUCGGUGGUGA